GUGAGCGAAACUCAAAACAAACCCCUCUCCGUUUACGUGUUGGUGUUUUUCGGGUGCAUUUGUUUUUUCUUUUUGUUCAAGAAAGCCGUGGUUAUCUGCCAUAAUUAAGCAGACUCCACUCCCGCGUCAUUUUAUUACAACCUUCAGUCGCUACUUACUAUCCUUGUAGCAUUAGCAGCUCGUUCUGUUGGUGUGGUUGCUGAGAAGGCUACAAAUGAGUGUGGACCGGGUUAAAACCUCGACAGACCGCAAGAAAAACGUCUCAUCAUUGAGCCAGACCAAGGAACACAGACCCUUCCGAGCCAGCAAGGUGCUGGCGGAGAGGAGCCCGGCGGUGGUGGCGGUGGGAGCCUGGGUGGAGGCAGGAGAGGAGCUGCCGGAGCACCCGGCGACUCUGGCUUUGUUAACCGAGGAGCUGCUGGCCAGAAGGAGAAGGGAGGAAGAAGAGCGCCUCAGACGUUUUCAAGAUGAAGUACGUCACCGUGUGGCACAGCGAACUCAAGUCUACAAGAAAAGACAGCAUGCUCAGACACCUCCAGCGGUCAAAACUCACCACAAAUCACCCGGUAAAAUACAGAUAUCUGAAAGAAGUACUCCACAACAGAAGAGGAGCUCUGUUGAGCCGAGGGAAGGUGUGAGGCAUGCCAGACUCAGACUGGCUGCAUGUCAGAUGGUCCAGGAUGAGGAAAUGGCCUCAGAUCUUCCUGGAGGCAGAUGGAAUAUCUCUCCAGUCAGACAUAGGGCUGAAUCACGUGUGCUGAGAGCAGAGGAGGAUGUUCUGGGAGAGAAAGAUCAGGAAAAGGAAGAUGAAGAUCAUCUCUUCACCGAUCACCAUUUAUGCCCCUUUGUUCAGCAGAAGGUGGGAGGACAUGCUCAAUGGGAUCCUGAUGAAUUGAAUCUGCGUCCUGGUUCCAGCUUGAGCAUCCCACCAGUUCUCUGGCCUCUGACAGAGGAAGACGAGCUGAGGAAACAGCGUCAAUCUCAAUUUCUGAUGCACCGCCGUCUGUUCAUGAAUAUGGAAAGACAGCAAGUGAAGGAAAACAAACAGCACAGGAAGCACCUGAAGAGGACAGCAAGGAUCAAAGCAGAGAAAGAACAACUCCGUAUGAAGGAAGAGAGGCGGUUGGAGAGAGCUCAGCAGAUUGACGAGGCCAGAAAGAAGCUGGAGAAGCGAGAGCUGCUGAUUUUAGAGCGAUUGAAGCUUGAGGAGGAGGAGACGGCAGCACAGCUGCAGAGAAGUAAACAAGAGGAAAAAGGAAAAAAAGCGGGAAGGUCCGUUGAGGCUCUGAGAGCUCAGAUGAAGGAGCGGCUGUCUCAUGCCAAGCUGGAGCUUCCUCCUCUCUGCUACUGCGCAUCCUCUUUCUGGGACUCGCACCCUAACACCUGCGCUAACAACUGUGUGUUCCACAACAAUCCCAAAGCUUAUGCCCGGGCCCUUCAUUCAACAAUGGCGAAUUUGACGUUACAGUAGAAGAAGCUGAUGAGCUGCGACGGACAGUGUGUUAUAGAGCUGUUUGGUUUAGGUUUAAGGGAGCAGUCUGAUAUGUUUUUAAUGCAGUGUACAUUUAGACAAUAUCAAUUUUAUUACUGUCUGUACACUGAAUCCAACGCAUCCAAGUUUGUCUAUCUUCUGAUACAUGUCGGUUUGCAUACUGAUAUUGAUGUUUCCUAGUGUUUUCUUUUAGCAUCAGCCCAAUAGGAUAAUAAAUUUAACUUUUAAUACUUUUAGUUUACAAUUACUUGACCCAGUGGCUUUUAUUAUAUACUUGAACAAACGGCAAUUCCAUCAUCAUUAGGUGAACUUCGUCUUUGAUGCUGACUGCAGUAGAUUGAAAAUAUUUUUAUUAUGGAUGCCGUGUCACAGUUGGUAUGUGUAGGACCCAGAUGCAGGAGACGAAAGUAACAAAGUACAUGAUUUAUUUAAAAUAAAAGCGCUGCUGAGCAGGAUUCAAAACAAAACAAGAGUCUAAACUUGACAAAUACCAAAAAAACAUGAUUGAAAACAUGGCGGUGAGAAGAGUACGGAUCAGCAGGGAGCAAAGGAAAGACAAGAUAUACACAUAGGACUUUACUAAACACGGGUGCUGACGAUCAGGGCAGGUGGGAAUAAGGAAAGUCGAGACUAAAAUAAAACAUACCGGUAAUGACGAGGGUUUUCACAAUAAAACAGAAACCUAAAUACCAAAACUGAGAGAACUCAAAAACCAAAAUGCUGUUAGCAAUGUAGGGACACAAAGCCGUGAGCCUGACUGUGAAGAAUCUGAAUCUUCUAAAGGUAUGUAUUUUAUUCACAAUAAUUUUUUUUUUUUUU